UGGUCUGUGGCGGUGGGUCAGAGCUCAGACUGGCACAGGUCCCAUCACUGGGAGGAUGUGGGUCAGAGCUCAGAUUGGCACAGAGUAGUGUGGUCUGUGGCGGUGGGUCAGAGCUCAGACUGGCACAGAGUGGAGGAGUGUGGUCUGUGGCGGUGGGUCAGAGCUCAGACUGGCACAGGUCCCAUCACUGGGAGGAUGUGGGUCAGAGCUCAGAUUGGCACAGAGUAGUGUGGUCUGUGGCGGUGGGUCAGAGCUCAGACUGGCACAGAGUGGAGGAGUGUGGUCUGUGGCGGUGGGUCAGAGCUCAGACUGGCACAGAGUGGAGGAGUGUGGUCUGUGGGUCAGAGCUCAGACUGGCACAGAGUGGAGGAGUGUGGUCUGUGGGUCAGAGCUCAGACUGGCACAGGUGGUCCCAUCACUGGGAGGAUGUGGGUCAGAGCUCAGAUUGGCACAGGUCCUAUCACUGGGAGGUCCAGGGACACCCGUCACAUCUGUCACUUCCUUGUACCUGGGGGGUCACUUCCCCAAUACAAUCUCACUUCUCGGCAGAGAUCAGAGCCGAUCACACACAGCAAUCAUGGGGGACGCCGUCACCUACUCCGAGAUGACCUUCACCAACAAACACAACUCCCGAAUACCAUCAGGCUCUGUGCAGAAUGAAGAGGAGGUGACAUAUGCGGCUGUGAAGAACAAGUCCGAAGGAAAGAAGAAGAAGAAGAAGACAAAAUCUAACCUGACCCAGCAAGUCUCUCCACAGCCAGAAGUCUCCGCUCCCACAUACGCGAAGGUUAACAAACUCAAGAAAGAGAAGAACAAGAAACCUGCCAAGACCGAGGAAGUCUCUCCACAGGCAGAAGAUAAGAGUUUACUGUACACUCCGAUCAAUAAACCCAACAGGUCAGCACAGAAGGACAACACAACCACCACCAAGACCCAAAAAGAACAUCCUCCGGCCUACGAAGAUCUUAAGAUUCCCCGCAAGUCUACAGAAAAUGGACAUACCAGACCAAAGACACUUUUGUUUAGACAAUUUUCAGAUGGAAGACAUGUAAAGCUUCUGUUGGGUGUGCUCCUCGCCAUCUGUCUGAUUCUCCUGAUUACUGCCAUAUCUCUGGCGGUGGGAUGCAGAGAAGCACAGGAUUCAGGCAGUAGAGCACCAGGAACUUCGGGAUCAAAUCAAUCAUCAGGACGGUCUCCUAGAUGUCCGGAUCUCUGGAUCUCCAUCAAUGAUAAAUGUUAUUUCCUCUCUGAGAAUAAGAUGACACGAUCACUCAGUGAUAAAGAUUGUACAGAACGUGGCUCCAGACUGGCCCAGGUGAAGGAGAAGACCCUACAGAGACUGGUGACCAUCACAGGGAAGGAAUUCUGGGUCGGAUUAACCCAAUAUCACUCCCAUGGUGGAGUGUGGACAGGAAAAUGGGCAGAUGGCAGCAUGGAAACUGUCACUGAAGGGAUUGGAACCUGUGCCAAGCUCGGAUCUCGUCUGACACUGGAGAAUUGUUUUACCGAACUGAACUAUAUCUGUGAGAGAGACACUGUGUGACCGCACUGAUCUGAGGAACACUGUGUGACCGCACUGAUCUGAGGAACACUGUGUGACCGCACUGAUCUGAGGAACACUGUGUGACCGCACUGAUCUGAGGAACACUGUGUGACCGCACUGAUCUGAGGAACUCUGUGUGACCGCACUGAUCUGAGGAACACUGUGUGACCGCCCUGAUCUGAGGAACACUGUGUGACCGCACUGAUCUGAGGAACACUGUGUGGCUGCACUGAUCUGAGGAACACUGUGUGACCGCCCUGAUCUGAGGAACUCUGUGUGACCGCACUGAUCUGAGGAACACUGUGUGGCUGCACUGAUCUGAGGAACACUGUGUGACCGCACUGAUCUGAGGAACUCUGUGUGACCGCACUGAUCUGAGGAACUCUGUGUGACCGCACUGAUCUGAGGAACACUGUGUGGCUGCACUGAUCUGAGGAACACUGUGUGACCGCACUGAUCUGAGGAACACUGUGUGAACGUUCUGUUCUCUGUGAUUAUUCUGAAUUGUAUAUAAAGUACGGAUGAAGUUA